CACGAUGUGAUGUCUAUGGCCCCCAAUAACCAGAGAGUCGUGAACUCAACCAUGUAUGUACAUAUAUCGUUCAUUAUUUAAGCAUACGGCACCCUGCAAAUUGAAUUAAAAACACGCUUAGAUUGUCACCGUGCACGUAAGAACAAAUUUAAUGUCACCAUUGCCACCAGGGACAUUCACAAUGCAACACAACAAUGUGUGGCAGAAACAGCGGAAAAGACCAUCGAAUACCAGAAAGAUCAAUCUGGAGACGCUAAUGAGAAGAAGUUUUGUUAAAGUUUUGAAGGAAUAUGUAAAAGAGUCUUCUAUUGGUGGUAUCAAGGAGAUCUGUAGCCCCAACAUCGGAUGGAGAGAACGACUUCUCUGGAUUGGAGUUUUUGUGGUAAUGAUGAGCGCGAUGUUUUACUAUCUCCACCACACGUGGUUUGAGAUAUUGACAAAACCGCUGGUUAUCAGCAUGGAGUCUUCUACCUAUCCCAUAUCAAAAAUUAACUUUCCUGCUGUAGCCUUUUGUAAUACGAACAGAAUAAGCAGAAAGGCUUUGAAAGAAUUUUCUCAGAUAAUGCAUAGGAGCAUGGCAUUAAAUAACGAAACAAUAGAAGAAGUUGAACUUUUCUUUUUACAAUAUGGCCGCCUUCUAGAUUAUUCGUAUGAUGAUAUCUUAAGGAAUCACCCCUUUUUGGAUAUAAUAACGCUCAAAGAUUUCUAUUCACAAAAUACAUCGGAAGUCAUGCAAAAGUUGGCUCCGAAAUGCGACGAAAUGCUACUCAGAUGCGGAUGGGGCAGCGAAGAAGUUAAUUGCAAAACUAAUUUUGACGUCCAAUUGACGGUCAGGGGACAUUGUUGUAUAUUCAACUAUAUUCAGGAGGACUCUGUCGACGAUCCGAAUUCAGCUAACAAGGACGUCAAACGGCAGUCCGUACCGGGAGCACUUUAUGGAUUACGUUUGGUUCUUGACCCGAUGAUUGAUGACUACGCCUAUACCGUAAACAACAUACGAGGAUUUGAUGUUUUCCUGUUUUCACCCGGUCAUUUCGCCGAUUUUAGCGGGGGCAAAGUGAUUUAUCGCAUAGUGGAGCCUGACAGAGCAGAGUUCAUUGAACUAUCUUCUAUACAACAAAGAGCUGCUGCCGAGGUCCGGAAAUAUCCUGUUCGGAUUAGAAAAUGUUUUUUCCAAGACGAGAACGGUUCUUCACACAGGAAAACUUAUACAUACAACUAUUGUAUAAUUAAUUGUCGCAUCAAGUCCAUACAGUCGCUUUGUAAAUGCACUCCUUACUUUUUGCCCGGUAAAGAUAGGGCACGUACAUGUACACUAGAAGAUUUAAAAUGCCUUAAUAAAUAUAGGGAAAAACUUCUCUACUUGUAUCCAAAUGACGCCCAGGAUCUUCGCGGACUUGAAACAGAAGUGGAAGAUUCCCUUUUCUGUCCCAAUUGCCUACCCGAUUGUGAACCUAUACAGCACUAUGCCAAAUCUUACAAGAUAUCUAUAAAUACAAUUGAAGAGCACUUUGUACCAUUCAGGAGUGAUAUGUUUGACAAAAUAAACAUCACCGGAAAAAUCCUAGUUAGCAUUUAUCAUUCUGCACCCAGCGGGACCUUGGAUCGCCUUGAUGUCGUUUCGUAUUGGUUCGAAAUAUUAAGUAACAUCGGUGGAUUCUGCGGUUUUCUUUUAGGGUUUUCUCUUUUUGCCAUUGUUGAAGUGUUUUACUACUUUGUCGUUCGUUUUACAAUUGUUGUUACAAACGCCUACAACGUUGCUAAAUAGAAAUUUGUAAGAAAUAUAAUCUUAAGUAUUCUGGGUACUACUCACGUUGUACUCUUUAUAUCUGUAGUAGAUGCACUACAAAUAUAAAGAGCCUAUAGUAAGGCGUCUACUUAUAAUACAUUACAUACCUACCUUAUAUUAUAGUAACUACAUAAAUUGGAAAAUUAAGCUUAAAAAUGUUAUAGAAAAGUAAUUAAUUUGAACACAUUAUGUAAUAAUUCUUAUAAUAUUAAACUAGCUAAUAUAUAAGAAAAACUAAACAAAAAACAAACAUUCUUAUUUAUCUUAUUUUGUUAAUAACGAUCCAACAAAAGUUCACGUAUUGUCUGUAACUGCUACUGCAAUAAAGUGCCACAAGGACUUA